ACAGACACACACACGCACACACACAGACACACGAUCCUGCUGUGAGGUUAUAAACCUCCACAUCUCUGUCAGCCUCUAACAGCUGCUUCUCACACACACCGGAGGAGAAACUCGGGACCAGUCUGAUCAACAGAACAACUCCGACGUGGGGGGGAAAAGGGGGAUGGAACUAUUUAAAUCCCCCCCUCCAGGCUUGAUAUGUGCAUCGUAUGAGUAAUGGAUUACUGUACAUAGGGUAGGGCGCUUUUUUUAAACCAACCUCUGAGGGUGUGUCUGGGACACACUUACUACUACGGCAGGCAGGAUGGGACAAACUCGCUCCGCUGCUUUGCGCACCGCCGACAUUCCAGACGGAGCGACAUGGAAAGCGGGCGAAGCAACCCAGCGGCUCCGGAUCUGCAGAUUUAGGAGCGGAGAGAAGCGUCGCGCCGGCCAGAUAAACGGGAAUCAGAUGAAAAACAAAGUGCUAUCGUGUCUAGGAAGGAGAAAGCGAGACUCCAGCCCGACACGAGCGGAUUCGGGUCGCGGAAACGACGCCGGAGAUCGAGCGACGCACCGCGAUCGCAGAGCAGGAAAGUUGCCGCGAGACGACCGGGUUUCUGCGGUGGAGGAGCUUCGAGCGCCCCGAGGUCCUUCCGAGUCCCCGCUCGCCCGAGGUGAUCAUGUCGACGCUAUUCAGCACGUCGUGAACCCGGAGGAAGCGGCGGCGGCGACGGGCUCGUCCGAUGAGGAGCGGACAUCCCAGCGAGAAGACAAUGCCUGCGCCCCCCCGACGAGGGCCAUGAAGGAUCUGCCACCGCGGGGGGCCCCGCGGGGUCGCGAUGUGUUGCCCGAGGCCCCGCAGGCUCCGAGCUCGGGCGCAACGGAUCGUGAACCGACGACAGGUGCCGAGGGUGAAGUGACGAAACGGGACGUUUCAUGUCGAGCCAAAGCAACCGGGGACCACAACGAGCUUUGUCCGGCCCCAAAGGACUCCGAUCGGCCCCCACACGGUCCCCCAGAAGGCCAAAGUUUCCCAGGACCCAUACCGAAGCUCAUUAUAACCCGAGACCCCAGCCCGCCCCCGGAGCUGCGGUCGGAGCUCGGCGGCGGCUCGUGUCUGGACCUCCACCCGGACGACGAGUCCCCCUGCUCGGACAGCGGCUGCGGAGGAUCCCCCGCGCUGAUGCGCUCGCUGAGGAAGCUGUCCAACUCGUCCUCCAUCGGCCUCUCCUCCGCCUCGUCCUUCGAGGAGUCCGAGGACGACUUCACCGGGAGCGACAUCGAGUCCAGCCUGUCUCCGGCCCGGUCCAUGUGCAGCACCGACGACGGGACAGGGAAUAAGUCCUGGCAGAAAUUGAAGACCAUGGUUCACUGGUCCCCCUUCGUCGUGUCCUUCAAGAAGCGUUACCCGUGGGUGCAGCUAGCUGGCCACGCAGGUAAUUUCCAGGCUGGGGAGUACGGACGCCUGUUGAAGCGGUACUGUGAGUGCGAGCAGCAGUGCCUGCAGAAGCUGAUGAAGGACACGCUGCGGCCGCAUGUGCCCGGCUAUUAUGGGAUAGUACAGAGAGAGGAGCAGGACUACAACCUGAUGGAUGACCUGCUGGCUGACUUUGACUCGCCUUCCAUCAUGGACUGUAAAAUGGGCAGCAGAACGUACUUGGAGGAGGAGCUGAUGAAAGCCAGAGAGCGUCCACGAUUGCGAAAGGACAUGUACGAGAAGAUGGUGGCAGUGGACCCCGGGGCCCCCACUGAGCAGGAGAGGGCCCAGCAGGGAGUCCUCAAACCCAGAUACAUGCAGUGGAGGGAGACUCUCAGCUCCACGGCCACGCUGGGCUUCCGCAUUGAAGGCAUUAAGAAAUCCGAUGGAACUUGCAGCACCAACUUUAAGAAGACGAAGCUCCGGGAGCAGGUGAUGCAGGCCUUGGAGGACUUUGUAGCUGGCAACACUCAGAUUUUGAAACUGUACCUGCAGCGGUUGGAAGAACUUCGAUCCGUCCUUGAGCAAUCGCACUUCUUCCGCUCACACGAGGUUGUGGGCAGCUCGCUGCUCUUUGUGCACGACGCCUCGGGGAAGGCCAGAGUGUGGAUGAUCGACUUUGGGAAGACGGUCCCCCUGCCGGAGCCUCGCACCCUGGACCACCGAACUCCCUGGUCGGAGGGCAACAGGGAGGACGGCUAUCUGUGGGGCCUGGACAACCUCAUAGACAUCCUCAGCUCUAUGCUCCCACAGACGUCGUGAAACUCCCCACAAAACUAUGAGGUCCAGAGAUACUCGGCUGGAAGGGUUUUAAGAAGAGAUUACACAAACUGAGACUGAACAAGUAUCCAGGUGUCUUUAUCCCUUUGCAUCAGUUUAAGGAGAGGAUGAAUCAAGUCAAGCUCAAGAUGUCUAAGUGGAUUAUGCCAAAGGGACAGAUGGCUUGUUAACAAUUGAGGCAAAGAGUAGAAGAAAAAGGAGUGCAGAAACUCUUGUGACGCGGAAAGACGAGAGUUCCGUCUGAAUUCAAGCACCUCUGCAGUCACUUUUUCUUGCAAAGCACACUCGACAUUCUUCCUCACCGUCUCCCUCUGUUGGUCAGGGCUGCGCACGGCACUCGCACAGAGGCGUGGAACUCUUUCUCUAGGCCUUCCAGGAGCAGUGGGUAACAGGGAUAAUUAUUUUUGUGAUGUAUCAUUUUUAAUGUUUAAGCAACACUAAAACACUGGUCAGACCACGUAAUAACUAACUCAGUGUGUAAAUACAUUUUUAUUCAUAUUUUUGGGGCCUUGGUAUAACCUCCUUAACUUGUCCGUGCCUAGUAUUUCUAAAGAACGAGCCGUUUCAUCAUUCCAGUGGACUCCCGAUAUUUUUCUUCCAAAGAGUUCACCCACGUAUUAACUACUUUCCAAUAUAAUCCCAAAGUUGAACUUUUUAAAGUGUUUUCUAAAGCUGGAUUUUUGUAUGAUGAUGCAGUGAAAUCUUUUUCUCAUUUAACUGUACUUUAAGCAGCUUGGCGGCCAUGUUUGUCUGGAAUUUGUUGCACUAUGGAUCCUCACGAAGCCAUCGAACAAAUCAAGUGUGUCUUAAUAUGGGAAGCAGCAGUCAAGUACUGUGUUUACAGAUGCAGACUUAAACAUUUAUAGCAUGCAUUUAUUUGUCACCAACUCAUUCAGUGAUCAGUGUUUCAACCUGCGAAGCCUUGGUGUAAAGGGGGGAACGAAACUGGAACGAUCUGAUCAAAUGUCAGGUCUCUUUAGGAUAUUAUGUGAAGUCUUACUGGAAAAUUUGAAACGUGUCUUGCGAUUCAACAAUGACGCGUAACCAAUAUAAAAGACAAGAGUGUCCCUUUUAAACUAGAGGAUGUUGCUGCGCUAAACACUCGGUUUGUGGGUAUGAAUCUGGCUGAGCAGGAUGGAGCGAUAACAAAGUUGUUAUUUUUAGAUCUUUUAAGUCACGUUGCUUAUGAGCAUGUGUGUCGUCUGUUGCCUGGAAUGCAACAGGUUGUCCAAAGUGACUCCAGACUUCAAGGCGUUGUUUGUCAGUGCCCAGCAGCACUGUUUGGGCAAACACUCGACUACAGGAAAUUAUAUUUCAAAUUGAGGAAUUUAUUUCUUCAGUGUAAACCUACUGGGGGAGAGAGAAGUAAUCUGUGGUUUACAAGUAUAUUUCCUUGCCCAAAUAAUCCUCCAUAUUUUUAAAACGGUAACCUAUCAGGUUUUCAAACAGGGUGUGGCUUUAUCAUUUAGUAUAUUGGAGUCAUAGCCACAUUUUAUUUUUAAGGCAGCAUUAUUUUAAGUUGCAAUGCACAGGUAGAACCAUGCAAAUCGAUAUUGAAUUCCCUGCUUUAUCCAGGAUAUGGAUGCAAUAAACUGGAAAUACAAA